GGCAGUUUGCAGGUGCGCGCGCGCCAACAUCUGAUCCAACAUGGCGGCUUGUGCUGUUCAGCUGAUUGACAAACGGCCUAGGACAAUAGUUGAGAAAAGAGAGACCCCAGUGGUACUUGUGAGGAAAGAGCUGCAUGUAAAGCAUCCAUUACAAAACCGCUGGGCUUUGUGGUUCUACAAGAAUGAUAAGAACAAAAUGUGGCAAGAUAAUUUGAGACUCAUCACCAAGUUUGAUACUGUUGAGGAUUUCUGGGGGUUGUACCAUAACAUUCAGAUGGUCAGCAAACUUUCAUCAGGAUGUGACUAUUCUGUGUUCAAGGAUGGAAUCAAACCUAUGUGGGAAGACCGGAGCAAUAAAUGUGGAGGCCGUUGGCUCAUUACCCUCUCCAAACAGCAGAGACACUCGGAACUUGACCGCUUCUGGCUGGAAACGCUGUUGUGCCUCAUUGGUGAGGGUUUCAGUCCUUACAGUAGAGAUGUCUGUGGUGCCGUCAUUAACGUUCGUGCCAAAGGAGACAAAAUUGCUAUCUGGACGACGAACACUGAGAACGCUGAGGCCGUAACAUGCAUCGGCCGGAAGUAUAAAGAGAGACUCGGCCUUCCAUCGAAGCUUGUGAUUGGAUAUCAGGCCCAUGCUGACACAGCCACCAAGAGCAACUCCAUCACCAAGAACAAGUUUGUCGUCUGAACAGAAGCAUUGCUGCGUCCUGUUCACAUGUUGAGCACUUUUUUUUUUCCCCUCCUUUUCUAUCACAUUCACUUUUUUUUUUUUUUUUUUUUCCCCUUUUGCAUCAUCCCCCUAUUAGGGGGUGAAUGCUUUGGUCUAUGACGUUUUUUGGGGGGUUGGUCCUUUCCUUUCCACUCCACAAUAAAAUUUUGUCUAUGGUUGGUCUUGAUGCACUCAUGGUUAUCCUUUCACAAAGAUUGAAAU